GAGUUUUUAAUUAGUACCUCUCCGCUGCACCUGGUAGACCUCCAGGUUGACUGCUGCUGGUUGCAAACACCAAAACACAUGCAGAUUCAGAUUCUCUCUUUCAUUUUCUGUGGCGCAUCAUCAAAUUGUUAAAUGGAAUCAUUAAAAGUAGAUGAGCAGUUGCCUUCACCUUCACCGUACUUCUUACAAGAUGAAAGUCAAACUGGGAAAGUUGGGAGGAUCUACCAUUUGUACUCACCUUCCAGCCCUCCACCACCCCCUCAAUUCUCCUUUUCUCCUGGACUUGGCUCCACCCAAACACUCUCAUCUCUAACAGUAUCUGCUCUCCCUCAAUCUACUCCCAAGCUGAAUUUUGUGAGCUAUGAAACAGAACUGUAUCGCUGUCCAGCUCGGACAACAUGCCCCUCUUGUCAGACUUGGGUCACCACGCACGUCACCUACAAAGUCGGGAGGCUGGCGUGGCUCAUGUGUCUUGUGUUUGUGUUGUGCGGGUUGGUGCUUGGAUGCUGCCUGAUUCCAUUUUUUGUUAACUAUUUUAAAGAUGCCUAUCACACUUGUCCCCACUGUCGACGGGUCCUCCAUGUACAAAGAAGGACAUGCUGUGCAUGAACACACCAGCUUCUAACACUUACAACUACCAGCAGGCUAAUGUGAUGGCUAAUACGUUUUUUGGUCUUAACAGGAGUUCAAUUGCAAUACUAAAUAUGUAUACCUGUCUGAAGGUCACUCAGCAUAACUUAAAAUAUAUAGAUUUAUAAGUUUAAAUGUUUAGAAUAUGAGGAUAAGACAUGUUGGU